GGCUACGGAGUUCUCUGUCAUUGUCAUUAUGCAAUUAGUGGUUACCACGUCGCGUUCCCGCCGUACAGUGUGAUUAUUGUGUUUGCGACGCGAACCGCGUAAUGUCCCAAGGCGGGACUUUCCAGACUUUGGCCUCCGCGGCUGCGCUCCUCCCUCAUCGCCUUCACUCUGCUAAAACUUUCUACGGAGUCGAACCAUUCCCCAUACUUUCAUUUUUCACCGCGCCGCGCUGCGUUUCGCAGCAGCUCCGCAACCCCCCCUGGCCUCGGCGUUUCCCCGCCUCGCCUCGCGCUGCACGGAGUGACCACCUCCUGCCCGCCGUGGCACCCCCUCCUCGUACGUCCCAUGAGCGCACUGACGGAGCGAGGAUGACCGAGUCCGACUCUCCGCUCACCAUCCCGGAGUGUGAUCUCGUGAACCUGGUGCUCAGCCGCACGAGCGCUGGCGCGUGUCUCCGUGGCUCCUGUCGUGCGGACGGCCGGCGCGUGUCCGUGCGCCUGCUGUGCGUCACCUCUGGCCUGGACAGGUGGUGGAAGGAGCAUGUUCAGGACUUGUUGCUGGUAAGGCAGCUCCGUUCAGAGCGCUUGCUCGUUCCACUGGGCCUGUACAGGGCUGGGCCUCAAGUUGGACUGGUGUUGGAGUGGAUGCAGGAGGGAUCGCUUCACACCCUGCUGCAUGAGACACAGCUAUAUCCUGAACUGCCCAUUCCUCUUCGGCUCAGGAUCCUACUGGAUGUGGCAGAGGGCCUCUCUCACUUACAUGCUAUAGCCCUCCCUCACCUGGCUCUACGACCUACCAAUGUGUUACUGGAUACACAGUAUCGGGCCAAGGUGUGCGACUGGGGCCUACAGUGGACCCAAAGCAGUGGGUCUGCUGUUUCAGCUGGAUGCAUGCCCUACAAUAGGGACCUGGUAUACAUGUCUCCAGAACUCCUCCAAGGGAAGCCACCUUCGCUGCAGGCGGAUGUAUAUAGCUUUGGCAUGAUGUUGCUGCAGACACUGAACAGAAGACUUCCCUCUAAAGAUACCUGUAGCUUGAAGAUACAACAGUCCCAUGCCAUCUGUUGGCCAGGAACUGGCACAGAACCCCUAGACCACGCUCUUAAACACCUGAUAGUGCAGUCCUGCAGCAAUGACCCGCAAAGUCGCCCAGCAGCUGCAGAUAAGCACCUAAUAACACAGCAUGCUUCUGAAGAAACUGCAAGCAGCGUACUGCAAUCUUUUGGACGACUUAGAAGUCAGAGUGUGCCAGAGUACCAGCAACAGAACGAAACUGGGAGGGCCAGUUUUCAGCAGGGUUCUUCUCCCCUUCCCACUCCAACUCUCCCCAUGGGGUUCAGACAUGGUCGCCAUAAUGUACCUCUGUGCUUUUUGCCGGGACCAAGCUGCUGUCGGAUAUUGCAAGAGAGGCGGGAGGCCAUUGUGCGGGGUAUGACUGAGGGUCGUCUUAACAACCUUCUGGACGUGCUGAGGUCCAGGAAAGCCCUCAGUCAGGAGGAGUAUGAACUAAUCACAGCUGCAUUGACACUUGCUGCACGCACACGAUCUCUGCUGGACACAUGCCUGUGUUUGGGGGAGGGUGUAGCCAGGCUGGUUGCCUUCACCCUGGGCCUAGUCUCCACACCGACUAUCCAUGGCCCCUCCCGUCUUUCAUACUGACAGGGGCUACCAUUGAACACUGGUAUUUCAACUGUGAAUAGAAUAGAACCUAACUAAUAUGUAUUUAUCAAUGAGGUCUUUUGUUUUAGUAAUAGGUUCAUUUUCAUUGAACUGCCCUAUACAUGUCUUAAACCAGUGUAUAUCGCAGAAGAAGGGCACUGCCAAGUCUUUCUAAAGGAGAUGUCCAAGAACAGUGUGGAUUAAGUCUGAUAUGUAUAGGAACUGUGAAUUGCUUCUCUCUACCAAGGAAUGCAGUAUUUUGCCAUGCACUGUGCUUUUCUGCAGUUGCUAUUAUUUUGCUAUUUAACGAAAAGGAGAACACCCAAAAACAGUAGGUAAGGUGUAUGGUAAACACCCUGGGAACAGGCCAGGGGACAACCACUCUUGAGUGGUGAAUAUUACUGGGUAAGUUUCCUUUUAAUUAUUUAUUAUGUAGGGUUUUAAG